UAAGAACUUUUGUAACUCCAAAGGAAAGAAUACAAUGGGAUUAAAUCUGGAGUUUGUACAGAUCAACUGUGAUAAGUCCCUCCCCCCAGAAGAUCGUUGAUUAACGAAAAUGUGCUUCGACAAGGAUAUCAGCGAUUUGGAAAAUGUAUAUAGACCCUCUGCUUCUCUAAUGUUGUUUCUUGCUUCCUCAUAACUCAUACUUGGCAAAUACCGCUAAUUAUAAAAACCUGGAAGCAAAGUGGUCAACAUGAAUCGUACUUCAAUCUUGAUGAACAUGACUCUGAACAACUUGGAAAUCGUCUGGAAUUCAACUGGAAAAAAGAAGGUUCCCAGAAAAAAUUUUCAUUCAAACGUGCACUUAUCAAAACAUUUGGGCAUGAACUUUUGACUUGCAAUACUUUAUUUCUGUUAGCAGACGUGGCUUUUACCUUAGCUCAACCGAUGUUAAUCAAGCUACUUCUUGAUGAACUUGCUGCCAAACAAACCGACAAAGUGCUUUUUUAUGUAUUGGGAUUAUUGGGAGUGCCAAUUCUUCGGUUCAUGUCUUUUCAUCUGUUUUGUUUGACGAUAACUUCUUUGGGUCUCAAACUUCGAAUUGCUUGUAGUACCCUCAUCUAUCGGAAAAUACUAACCAUGAGAAAAACCGCUUUGGAAAAGAUUUCUCUGGGAAACAUUGUAAAUUUAUUAUCAAAUGAUACUGAAAGGUUUGACAACAUUUUGCUUAUACCGCAUAUUUGGUUGACCCCCAUCAAACUAAUAGCUGCAACUUUGUAUCUAGGGUUGAAUUUUGAUUAUUCUGCUUUGACUGGGAUUGGACUUUUAGUAAUAUUGUUGAUCUCUCAAAGUUUCGUAUACAAAAAUAUCGCUUCUAGAAGAAUGAAUGUGGCAAAGAAAACCGACCAAAGAAUUCGUUGGAUGAAUGACUUUAUUAACGGCAUUCAAGCAAUUAAAAUGUACACUUGGGAGAAAUUGUUUGAAAAAUUUAUAUUUGAGGCUCGAGAGUCUGAACUGAAGGAGAUAAGCAAAGCAAAUUACCUUCGUUGUUGUAACAACAGUUUUAGGUUAUAUUUAGCGAAGGUUUCUGUUUAUUUGUGUAUUAUGGCAUUAGUGUUAGUUACAAAAAUACCACUAACAUCAUCGUACAUUUUUGCAUUGAUUGCAAUUUACGAAAUUUUGAGACUUUCCACUGGAGAACUUCUUCUUGUUGGUGUGAUACAACUUGCAGAAAUAGGAAUUUCUGUCAACAGAAUUGAAACAUUUCUUUUGAAUGAUAUAGCCAAGUCUGAAACUCUUUUUUCCAAACAAAGAAAUAAAUUGCUAGGUGUUUACGUUCAAGGGUUAAUAGUUAAGCGGGAUACGAAAAUUAUUUUAGAAGAUGUUAAUUUUGAAGCUCUUUCUAACCAGCUAGUAGCCCUAGUAGGUGCUGCUGGUGCUGGAAAAUCAACAUUUCUUGAAACACUGUUAAAAGAAACUGAAAUCUAUAAAGGAAUUGUUGACUUAAACGGAAGUGUUUCCUACGCUCCACAAGAACCUUGGAUUUUUUCAUCCUCAGUGAAACAGAAUAUUAUAUUUUGCGAGGAAUUUGACGAGGACCGGUAUCGCCAAGUUAUCAAAAUUUGUGGACUGGAGCACGAUUUAGCUCUUCUUUCUCACGGUGACAACACAUUAGUUGGUGAAAACGGAGUCAUGCUGAGCGGAGGGCAGAAAGCUCGCAUUAGUUUAGCUAGAGCUGUUUAUAGAAAUGCCGAUAUUUAUCUCUUAGAUGAUCCGUUAUCGGCUGUUGAUGUUUACGUAGCUAAACAAAUUUUUGAGCAAUGUAUCGUAGACUUUUUGAAAGGAAAAUGCGUUGUGUUAGUGACCCACCAGUUACAGUUUGUCAGAAGUGUAGAAAAAGCCUAUUUCGUGGUUAACGGAAAAAUAGUGGCUGCUGAAAACACAAGACAGCUUGAUGUUCCAAGACCAGAACUUAAAGUAGCAAGAACUGACGACGAUUUUCUUAAACACAAUGUUGAAAAACUGACAUUAGAAUCCAAUAUCGCAGGUUCAAGUGACGCAUUAAAAAAGUAUCUACAAGCUGGAGGGACAUUUUCAUUGACUUUGUUAUUAUCAUUUUUAUUUAUUUUGACACAAAGUUUGAGUAUUUUUAAUGAUUAUUUUCUGGCAGUUUGGGUCAAUUUAACUGAAACAUAUCAAAAGUCUUCAAACUACUUCUAUGUCUAUAGCAUAAUUCUAUUUUUUCUUGUUUUAGUAACUAAUGUUACUUUUCUUAGUUUCGUCAAAUAUUGUAUGAGAGCUUCAAGACGUCUUCACGAUACAUUGCUUAGACAAGUUAUAAGAGGCUCAAUGACAAUUUUCCAUUCUUAUACUUCAGGUCGUAUUUUUAAUUUAUUUUCUAAAGAUAUUGGCGUAAUUGACGAGUUCGUGCCAUUAUCACUCUAUCUGACUUUGACACAAUUUCUUCUAAUCAUUGGAUCAAUUGUUUUUAUUUUUAUAGUAAAUUACUGGAUGAUUUUGCCUAUAGUUGCACUAAUAUUAAUGUUAAAAGUCUGCAGUGGGCCAUUUCGAACGACUAUAAAAAGUUUAAGACGAUUGGAAGCCAUAAGAAGGAAUCCAAUCUAUAAUCAUGUUGUUUCAACAAUGCAAGGAAUCACAGUAAUUAAAAGUUCCAACUCCCGGAAAAUGUUAGAAGCAGAAUUUUCCAACUAUCAAAAUGAUCAAGCGUCCACGUUUUAUCUGUUUAAAGCAACUCAUUUUGCUUUUGCUUUUUGGACAGAUAUAAUGUCAUUUAUUCACCUAUCAUGUGUUAUUCUAUUCUACUUCACAUUUACUGAAGAUAUUUAUUUAGGAAAUGCUGGGAUGAUUAUAACACACGCAAAUUUAUUGAAUUGUGUUAUACAAUAUUUUGUCAAGCUUUGGGGUGAAUUAGAUGCAAAUUUGAUUUCAGUCGAACGUGUGUCCAAUUUUCAAGUAACACAGGAAUUUGACGAAGGGGUUUUUGAAGUACCGCAAAACUGGCCUCUGACAGGAAAAGUCGUUUUUGAUUCCGUUUCUAUGCGUUACUCAUCAGAUAAAAAUCUCGUGCUUAACAAAGUUGACAUUAAAAUAAAAGGGGGAGAAAAAGUUGGCAUAGUUGGUAGAACCGGUGCAGGAAAAUCAUCACUAAUUUUGGCACUUUUCCGUUUGUUUCAUUUCGACGGCUCAAUUCUAAUUGAUAAUGUCGACACCAAAUCAAUUCCUCUUCAAGUUCUGCGUUCGAACAUAUCGGUUAUCCCUCAGGAUCCUGUUUUAUUUCAAGGAAGUUUACGUAAAAAUUUAGACCCGUUCGAUGAAUUUAGCGAUGCAGAAGUGUGGACAGCUUUGGAAGAUGUCCAACUGAAAAAAAUUGUUAAAAGUCUAGAUAUUGCGGUAAAUGAGAGAGGGUCGAAUUUUAGCGUUGGACAGAAACAACUGUUGUGUUUGGCUCGAGCUAUUCUGAAAAAAACCAAAGUUAUAGCAAUUGAUGAAGCUACUGCUAAUGUUGAUUACGAGACUGAUGUAUUUAUUCAAAACACUAUUAGAAUAAAAUUCAGGGAGACAACAGUUUUGACGAUUGCACAUAGGGUGAACACUAUUCUGGAUUCGGAUAAAAUUUUGGUGAUGGAGGAAGGAAGAGUUGUGGAGUUUGGACCGGUCGAGGAGCUUAUGAAGAAUGUACAGGGACAGUUUUAUCGAAUUGUUAAAUGUAAUGACAGUGAAUAAAGUGCCUACAUUAUUGUAUAG